UGGAGGUAUCGGAUCUGGGAGUGGUUCCGGGCGCAAGACAUUGCCGUCACCUUUGUGGGGCCCUACACAGGGACCCCCAAGACCAGCGGCGGGUACGCGGCGGACGUGGCGGCCGACUUCGAUCGCCAUCAUUUCGCCGUCUGGGGCCGUGCGGCGGCUGUCGACAAGGGCUUGAUUCGCGAUGUCCUCGGUGCCCAUCCAGCUGACUUGAUGCUGUUGAUGCUGGGGUUCAAUGACAUGGGUUGGUUCUAUAGUGAUGCCCCUGGCACCCUGGACAGCAUCCAAACCCUGAUCAGCAAUGCCCGCGCCGUCAAUCCGAAUCUUAAGUUCGCCAUCGCCAAUGUCCCGCAGCGCAGCUUUAUUGGGGGCCGCGAGGAUCUGCCCAUCAGUACCAAUAUCUACAAUGCGCUACUGCGAGAUGCGAUCCCGGAAUGGAGUACGACGGAUUCCCCCAUUCACCUGGUGGAGCUGCAAGAGAACUACGAGUGUGAGCCGAGUGCGUGCCCCGUGGGCUAUGAUGGGCUUCAUCCAGAUGCCGCGGGCGAGUAUCAGAUAGCUCGCGCUUUCAGUCUCACUUUGGUGAAUGAUUUCAAGAUUGGAAGCUCGCCAUUAUCUAUUCCGGAUAGCAUCCCCGCAAGACCUCUCCCCGUGCCGUCCAACUUCCAGGUGUUCAGCAGUGCUACGGGAGUCACGGCAACAUGGGACGCUGUAUACGGAGCAUAUAGCUACGAUGUCUGGUCGCGAAUUCAAGGCGGCAUCACCGACUUCUCGGCAGGAAGUGUUAGUGCAGCUCGUUGGGAUUCAACUUGGCCAGAAGACGGCUGGGUCUACGAAGUCAAGGUCCGCGCCAGUGCGGGUGACAACAUUAAGGGCGACUGGACUUCGGUCCUGUCCGCGACGGCACACCCGCAGACAGCGGCCGCUCCUCGUAACGUGGUGGUCAAACCCACCAGCAGCGGGUUCGACAUCUCCUGGGAUCCUCCAACAGGAGCUUACACAGACUCGAUCAUCGAAUACAAUGUGCUCUACUGGGACAAGUCAGAGGACUGUUCUUACAUC